AUGCCAAAAAGGAAGAAUUCCGAUAACGAUUUAGAUAGUAUAAGUAAGAAGAUAAAAAAGCUAGAGAAAAAAUUAAAACGCAUGCGACGGCGUCGUAUCAGUGAUAGCAGCUCUCAUGAUUCAGCACCCGCUUCCGAUGAACAAGCAAUCUUCGGGACUGUUAUUCAAGGCAUUAUAAACGGUUUCUCACAAAAAAGGGCAGAAUAUGGUAGAGAUAUUCACAAAGAACUUGCAAAUCGCCUCCAACAUAUUGCGACUGAUGGGCUGACUAAGGAAACCCGCAGAGAACUAUGCAGCAAAUAUCUAAUACCUGCAAACAGUACAAAAUUUGCUGCGCCACUCGUAAACGCCGAAAUAAAAGCGGCACUAUCUGAAAUCACAAUAAAACGUGAUAAAGGCAUAGAAUCGCGCCAGAAACAACUUGCAUCAGCAAUCUCUGGGUUAGCUGGUGUACUCAAUCAGGAGCUAAAUUCUAAAGACAGGGAUAGCUCACGCCUUAAAACUUUAAUGGACGUUACUCGCAUUUUAUGCGAUAUACAGCACGCCGAAUCUGUCACCAGACGCUAUCUAGCAAUGAGCACAAUAAAAAAGGACCUCCGAGAGCACUUAACUAAUACAAAAAUAGACAAAUAUCUUUUCGGUGAAAAUCUCAGCGAAACACUGAAAACCGCAAAAACGGUCUCUAAAUCAGGCUCAGAUUUAAAAAUAAAAACCCAAACCAGACCUUACCUACAAAACACAACGGGAAAUUUAAACUACAAAGCUCCGGUCCUAGCUCGCAGGCAACAACAAGGACCACAACGGAGCCGCGGGCCUGCUCCUCGCACGACAGGUCCACGACAGGGCCGGUACUCACAGAACCCGACGCACUUCAACUCGUCGAAGCCGUCGCAACCUCCGCCGAAACCCUCAGGACGUCGUUAA